AUGCCGGUCAUUCAAACGUUUGUCUCGACUCCGCUUGACUACCACAAGCGCGAAAACCUUGCGCAGGUGUACCGGGCGGUCACCCGUGAUGUACUCGGCAAACCAGAGGAUCUCGUGAUGAUGACGUUUCACGACAACACACCUAUGCAUUUCUUCGGUUCGACCGAUCCAGUCGCGUACGUUAGAGUAGAGGCGCUGGGCGGGUACGGCCCUUCGGAGCCGGAGAAAGUGACGUCCAUCGUUACAGCGGCUAUCACGAAAGAGUGCGGCAUCUUGGCUGACCGUAUAUUUGUGCUCUACUUCUCGCCUCUGCACUGCGGCUGGAAUGGCACAAACUUCUAA